AUGAGUAUCUCUUCACCCCUGCACCCGUCGCCUAGCCAGAGGAAUCGGGACAGCAGAAACUAUUUCACCAACAGCCAGAUCAACUCUGCCGAGGCACUCACCAGCCCGUUACGGGAACUUGCCAUUGAGCCGCCGUCUAUCAACGACCGGCUGAUCGUCGGUGUAGACUUUGGGACUACUUUCUCUGGCGUGGCCGCGGUGUACACGGGAACACCAGAUGACAUCGAAAUCAUCAAGACAUGGCCAGGCGGCAACGGCAUCACCUCAGACAAAGUCCCAACCGAAAUCUCCUACGACCUCCCCGCCAACGCCCCAGCCGGCACCGCACUAACCGUAAAAUGGGGUUUCCAAUUCAAGCCUGAAGAGUCUCGCCUCCGGUGCAUGAAGCUCUUCCUAGACCGGUCCCAAAAACUGCCCUUCUACGUCAGCCCGCUCGAAACCGCCGCCCAGCUAAAACGGUACCACAAGACGGUCGUCGACGCCGUGAGCGACUACCUGACGCAGAUCUACAAGCACACGAUGGACACGCUGCAGCGGCGGUAUGGCGAGUCGUUCAUGGCGUCGACAAAAGUCGAUUUUGUGCUGACGUGCCCGGCUGUGUGGUCGGAUGCGGCGAAGAAUACUACGCUGCAGGCGGCGGAACGGGCGGGCAUGGGCGCGCAGUCGCAGAUUCAGAUGAUUAGUGAGCCCGAGGCCGCGGCGGUGUAUACGCUCAAGGCGAUCCAGCCGAAUAAUUUGAAAGUGGGGGAUAACUUUAUUGUUUGUGAUGGAGGUGGGGGGACUGUUGAUCUUAUCGCGUACAAGAUCGUCUCUCUAAAACCCAUCCGGGUGGAAGAGUCGGCGGUCGGGACGGGCGGGCUCUGCGGGAGUGCGUUCCUGAACUACCGGUUCGAGGAGCAUGUCAAGGGGCGGAUCGGGCAGAGCCGGUUCGACGAGAUGAAGACCAAGAAGGGCAAGACGUGGCAAAUGGGGCUGCGGUACUUUGAGGAGUUUGUCAAGCGCAACUUUAACGAGGACGAGCACCAGGAGGUUAAUGUUCCCUUCCCCGGCCUCCCCGACGACGAAGAAGCCGGCCUCGACUCCGGCUUCCUCGUCAUGACAGGCGACGAGAUCAAAGACAUCUUCGACCCCGUCGUCAAAGAAGUCUGCGACCUCGUCCAAGGCCAAGUCGACACCCUCCGCGCCAAAGGCGGCGUAGUCUCCGGCAUCAUCCUCGUCGGCGGUUUCGGCCAAAGCGAUUACCUGUACCGCCGCCUCAAAUCCCAUUUCACCAGCGCGGCGCCCCCACCCUACAGCGAGCGGCCCACCAACGCCAAUGUCGACCUGCUGCGGGAACAGGCGUCGUCGUCUAUCGAGGUCAUGCAGCCCGUGUAUGCGUGGACGGCGGUCGUGCGUGGGGCGGUGCUGCGCGGGCUGGAGGGGAAUAUGGUUAUUUCGCGCAAGUCGCGCAUGCACUACGGCACGUCGUAUGCGACGGUGUAUGAUGAGGAGAAGCACUCGGUCAUGGAUCGGUAUUGGUCACCGCUGUGGGAGCGGUGGAUGGUUUCUGAUCGGAUGCAGUGGCAUAUUGCCAAGGGCGAAGCCAUAUCCCCCCUGCAACCCAUCGCCUUCCACUACACGCGCAACUUCCGCCCGGGCCAAUCGCUCCUCGUAACAGACGACCUAAUCGCCUGCGAAGCCGACGAGCCGCCACGCGCUUACACGCGGGAUUUGGUGAAUGUGUGCACGCUGACGACGGACUUGUCGGCGGUCCCGCGCAGUUUGUUUACCCGCCUGACGACGACGAGGGGCGUGGAGUUUGAUAAUUUGGAUUUUACGCUCGAGAUGAUUGUGGAUAGUGCGGGGUUGGGGUUUGAGUUGAAGGUGGAUGGGGUUAGGUAUGGGAGGGUGGAUGCGGAGUUUCAUUAG